AAAGGAAAGGUCCUGAUUGUGGCCUGUGGGCCCUCCCCUUCCCUCCAUCUUAUAGUCAGCAGCCCUGCCGACCCCAUGGUUACCUCUGGCAUCCCAACCAGUUCUAUACCUCUCAAAGUGGGGUGCCUGGGCUGCCCAGGAGUUCAUGGGGUUGGGGCUACAGAUGGAGCUUCAGGAGAAACUCAUGGCAUCACCCUGAAAUGUCAGUUUCACCUGCAGAUUUGGGAGGAGGUGAUCAUUAUGUGAAUACCAAAUAGCAUAUUACAGAGUGAAUGCAAAGCAGGCAGGAGUUGUAGGGAUGAACUGGGAGUUCAGAUAAGGGUGGUGCUUCUGGCUGGUCACUUUGGGGUAGUGUCACCCUGCUCUGCUGUGGAGGUCCUCGAAGAGGCAUUUACUCUGGGUCCUAACAAUCAUCUGGAGGCAAUAGCUUGGGAGGAGAGAGGAUUGCACAAGACACCUCCCUCACUUAGCGCAAGCACUGGGGACCCUGAGGGGACAUCCUCCAGCCCUUGAUUAAGGGACUCCUGGCUGGAGCCUGUUUGUCUGGGUUGAAACCUGGUCCUGCCCCAAGGUUGGCUGUUGGUAGGCCGGUUGGGGUAAGGUGGGAGUUGGAGGGGAAAUGCUGGCUGCAGCAGGAGGUGUAGGCCGCUGUCGGGUGAGACAGGGCACAGCUCACAGGCAGAAGCAGGAUCGUCUCGUGGGCACUCACAUCUGUGGCCCUGGGGGACCUUGCUGCCUGAGUGCGUAUGUGGCAUGUCCAGGACAAGUGCUGCCUUUUUAGUAGGCAGAGACUACGUCUGUGGUUUUAGGGGACCUUGGGGGGCACACGAGGGCAGGCCCAUUGCAGUGGGCUCACUUCCUCUGGUUUCCUCCUCCAUCGCUGCUGUCUGCGUAGGGUUGCACGGGAAAACAGCAGAAGAGUCCAGGCCUGUGUCAGGGAUCAGGUGCAGAGGAGCUGCUGCAAGUUUAAUGAACUGGUUGCUGAUUGCUGCCUCCGAGGGCACAGCUUCCUGCCCUGCCCCAGCUGUGGCCUGGGCUUGCUUCCUGCCAGCAGCCAGCUCCCUGGACCUGCCUGGCAGGCUUCCGGAGUUCCUGGUGCAGCCGGGCUGUGGGCUGUGGGUCGAGGAGGGAGGUGAGCAUGGCAGACCGUGCCCGUGGGGAGCAGCGGGGGCGAUGGGCAAGGCUCCAUAUUUGGGGUGUUUGAGAAGCCACUUUGAGGGGUGGCAGAGGAUGCAUCUCUCCUCGUUGCCUCUUGGCAUUUCACGGGUGGCUGGACUGGACUGUGGGACUUGCCUGUGUGCAGGAGAGAAAACAGGCCUAGAAAGGUGACUAGCACAUACCCCAGGUCACUCGGCAGGUGUGGGAGUCAGAGCUGGAAUUGUGACCCAGGUCUGCCUGGUCCUGAUUUCUGUUCUAAGAGAGGCAGCCCCUUCCCAACGCAAGUUCAAGCCACGGUUGCAGGGCUAGAGGACUCCUAUGAAUGGUGACGCCUGUCCUGGCCUGAGCCCCUCGGAGAUGGUCUCUCUCAUCCUAACCACCUUGCGAGCUUGUGCCAUCUCCGGCCUCUUCAACUGCAUCACCAUCCACCCUCUGAACAUCGCGGCCGGCGUGUGGAUGAUUCUGAACGCCUUCAUCCUGCUGCUCUGUGAGGCGCCCUUCUGCUGCCAGUUCGUCGAGUUCGCGAACACGGUGUCGGAGAAGGUGGACCGGCUGCGCUCCUGGCAGAAGGCUGUCUUCUAUUGCGGGAUGGCCGUCGUUCCCAUCGUCAUCAGCCUGACCCUGACCACGCUGCUGGGCAACGCCAUCGCCUUUGCCACGGGAGUGCUGUACGGACUCUCUGCUCUGGGCAAAAAGGGCGAUGCAAUCUCCUAUGCCAGGAUCCAGCAGCAGAAGCAGCAGGCGGAUGAAGAGAAGCUCACGGACACCCUGGAGGGGGAGCUGUGAUGUGGCCCAGGGUGACCCUCCCCUCCCUGCUCGCCCCUCUGGUUCUGUGUGAGCGUGUGCCAGAGGGAUGAGGCCUGGAACGUUGACCCUGAAGGACAGCCUGGAAGAGGAGCCUUUGCCUGGCUCCCAUCAGCCCCUCUGCCCCUGUCCUUGUCCCUGGAGUCCUCCUGUCUGCCCCUCUCCAGAUGGGUGUCUCCUAGGUCUGAGCCAGGUGCUCAGGGGCUGGGGUGAGGGGCUGAGGGCCUUGGCCUUGGCCAGCAGCAAGGAGGUCGGCAUGGUGGCAUGGUGGCAGGCAGUGUGAGCCUUGCAGGUGACCCAGGCCACAGGACUCGAGGCAGAGCAGAGCCUGCAGUAGCUCUGCCCAGGCUGCCCACCUGGCCCCGUCCCUCCCAGCCGGCCUGGCUCGGUGGGAAAUGGGCUGCUGGGAGGAUUUCCAGACCUGUACAGCUGGCAGAUGCACUGGGGACCAGCUGAAGGCCUGGGAGGAGCUUCCCCUGGAGAUGUUGGUCCUGUCUGCAAGAGGGAGGCACGUCACCUGGGCUGGGCAUCAGCCCGACUGAGCCUCCUCUUUGCUCUCCAGGCAGGAGAGUGUCCUGUAGGCUGAGCCACCAGGGCCUGCCUUUGUCCACCUGUCAUCAGGGCAGAGCAGUGUCAUGCUGCCCGUGGCUUCCCACCACUGCCCAGGGCCCUCCCUGUCACUCUCUUCUCUGUGAGAGCCCACAGCUCUCCUAAGACGUUCCUCGAGUAUCCAGAACAGCAGCCUUGACAGCAACCGGACAGCGGGUGGGUACUCCCCCCUCCCCCAGUUCCCUGGAACCUUGGACAAGCCAUUCCAGGACAUUUCCCAUGGGCCUGGCCUCCACCUCCCCAGGCCCUGGUGCUAAGGAAGUGGGGAGGGCAGGCUUCCCCCUGCCCUGUGGGGUUGCCCAUCCACUUCUCUGGUGUGGUCCUGCUGUGUCAGUGGCAGUCCAAGCCCGGUUAGUAAAGAAUGAGCUUGACCCACCUCCGGUAUUCUUGCCGGCCUCUGCCCUGCCCUGCCCUGCCCUGCCCUGCCCUUGGGGAGUUUCCUGCCUUUUGAGAGCUGGGUAGAGGCUAGAGCCACCUUCCUUACCAUGAGCUGUCCCCACUGCCCUGGGUGCCAGGCCACCAGGGAGCCAGGCCUGUGUGGAAGCAGCCCUGCCUGGGACGUGCACCAUCGCCUCCCCCAGCCUCCCUCCAUGCCACCAUCCCUUCCUUCCACCCUGUCCACCUCCUUCCUCCUCAGCGCACUGGCCGCUGCCGGCUGGCACUCAGCAGUUUAGGCCUGUCCCAUGGGACCUGGUGGAGCCUGGGCGGCACUGGGCAGAAGUGGGCUGGUGUGGAAAAUGCUCCGUCUGGGACCCAACCCCCACUCCUCCUCCUCCCAGGACCCCAGGCUGGGCCUGCUCCAAGCUCCCAGAGUGCAGGGGCCAGUCUUGCUGCGUGGAACCUGCCCCAGGGCUGUGCCCAGGUCUUUGCCUCCCAGAGGGACCUUUUGUCUCUGGGGUUUGUGAGCGUUUGGGGCUGGGAGCGGCAGGUACUGUCCUCGGGACACAUUGGUGGGCUCCUGGGCAGCAGCAGCCCUCCAGGGAGCCUAACCAGGCCGAGCCCCAGGUGGCAGGUUGCUGCACUGCAGCCAGCAUAUGGGACACGUGCCUUCAGGGGUCCUCUGGGGCCAUCUUCCUCAGGCCAGUGCUUGGUUCAAAGGGCUGUGGGCUCUGUGCCACUCCAGGCCGGCGGGGUAUGUGCAUGUGUUUGCGUGCGUGUGCGUGUGCGUGUAUCUUCUCUUGCGUGUGCUGUGAAUAAGACCUGUCUACCUCCCAGGAGGAGCAAGGGCCUGCCCUCCCCUCUUGGCUCAUUCUUAUCUAGGAAGUUGGACUUGGGGUCGCUUCUGCGCAGCCCUCCGGCCCCUGCCUCGGGCCUCGCUGACGGGCUUUGCUCACUGCAGAAGGAGGGCUGGCUGUGUGUCGAGGAAGGUUGCACCUCCACACUGAGGAAAUGGGCUGGGUGUUGGGCGGGCUGUAGAGUUGGACACAGAUGGAAGGGCCCUCCACCCCCUCCAUCACAGGCCAGAGUGGGCAGGUCACUCGCCCAGCUUCCCAGUGAGUAUAGUCAAGCAGUCCUGAGCUGGGACCCAGUCUCCCACUGGGGGGUCCCGGCUUGCAAGGAACAUCUGUCCAGGUGGCGGAAGGGGCUGAACCAGCCGGGCUGCCAGGGCCCACUCCUACCUCCGUGGGUCUGGACUCGGUCCUCUGGUCCCCAUUCUCGGGAUUGAGCGUGUGCUUUGAGCAAUAAAGGCUGGCGGUAGUCUG